AUGUCGGAAUCAAAUCAAAAACCAGAGCACUCUAGGUUGGACGAUAUGAACGGUAGUUCAGGAAAGGAAGAGUUGACAGAGGAGGAAAAACAAUUGCAAGUUCAAUUAUUAGAGGUCCAGAAAAGAAUGGAAGAGCUAAGACAAAAAAAGCGAAAAGUAGCUACUGAUGAGGAAGGAAAACAAGUAGCGGUUCAAGUGCCUCGUUCCCCUGAGCCUGUUCGGGUUCUUACAGUGAGCUCACCGUCCAAAAUGAAGAGCCCGAAACGACUUUUGUUGGGAAUUGAUAAAGGAAAGACAGGGAAAGAUAUUUCCUUGGGAAGAAAGCAAGGUGAAACAGCUGUCAAACCUUUUCAUGCGCGGCUAGCAGAAGCUCGAGAUGGUGACAAGAAAAAGGACGAGAGAAAGAAACAAGCAGCAAAAAAUAGAAAAACUUCGUUCCAGCGGAAGGCAAAUAUUUUGGAAACAAAGAGUUCCAAAGAACCAAAGUAUCCGAUGCCUUGCAACGAAAUUGAGCCAUAUUCUCGCCAAGUCAUUAUGGUACGCUACAUGAGUGAUGGAGACGUUAAGGAGAACUUGCAAGGAUGUUAUGUAUAUCUUAUUCGUCAACUGUUAAAACUCAUAGUACCUCCUAAAUUUGAACAACCGGAUGUUGAUAGCUUUGUAGUAAUGGGGAUUGUGGCUUACAAUACAGGCACACGAGAAACUGUUCACAAAAGUAAAUACUGCAUGCUUACGCUUACGGAUUUGAAGUGGCAGAUGGAGGUCUUUCUGUUUGGCAAAGCGUUUGAGCGGUACUGGAAAGUACAGCCGGGGACGGUUGUUGCCUUGCUGUGUCCAGAUAUACUUAAGCCGAAAAACCCAGACACUGGAAAGUUUUCGUUAAAACUGGAUUCGGAUUACGACGUGCUAUUGGAAAUUGGGAAAUCAAAGCAUUUGGGCUAUUGUCAAAGCCGCAAGAAAAAUGGAGAGCUUUGCAAGCAUUGGUUAGACAAUCGAUCGUCAGAAGUGUGUGAAUUUCAUGUGGACAUGACGGUGCAAAGGACGAUGUCGCGACGAACAGAAUUUGGUUCGACCACGACGGUCAUGCAUGAGCCACGAGCACGACGUGAAAAGCGUCUUCGUGGUCAAGGAUUCCAAGGAUAUUAUGCGGGAGAAAAAUAUUCUGCGGUACCCAACUUGGCAAUAGGUCUUUACGAUGCGGAAGACGCAGUUCAACAGGAAAGGGAUCGAAAAGAGCGAUACAAAAAACAACAAGCAAAAGCAGAGCUGGAACGAGAGGUUUUACAACGAUUGACUAUGAAACGAUCCUCCUUGCCGGAUGCAUCCUCCUCGUCUACCUCGCAUUCCUCUAGGAGUAACGAUACGGCCUAUACGCCUGCUCUCACUUUGGGACAUCAGUAUUUGAAACUACAAGCAAGGAAUUCAGCAACGAAUUCUUUCGAACCCUCGCAAUUAUCUGCUAUCCAUGGAUCGUCCACGCCUGCGGGUCGGCACCGCCUCCUCGUGAAGGGAGGCCAAGACGAUACGGGAAAGAGCAAGCAGAAAGACUGGAGAGACCUUUCGGUCAAGUCGAAUCCCAAGAUGCAGCUUCCGUCGUUUGAAACGUCGAAAUCGGAACGAGAGGGAUUGAAGACAUGGAAUUUGCCGAGAGAGAAAAGAGAUCCGAAACAAUCGGAGCAAGGAAAUCCAAUUCCAAAUCCAACUAGUUCAUCGCAUGCAAUGGCACAAAGAAUUUUUUCCCCUCGAAGUUUACGAAGAAUUGGGUUUGAUCCUACCUUGCCAAACAACGUCGAUUCCAAGACCCAAGGCUCUUCUACACGCACCUUGGAUUUGAAAAACACCCAAUUUCGGUACGAAUUUACCGAAAGUGAUGAAGACGAUGAUUUGGAGAUUGUCACUUAA